AUGGUAACAUCAUAUGAAGAAGAGCACCCUGUGAAGGCCCUUGGAUUGGCAGCUAGGGACACAUCUGGGCUUCUUUCUCCCUUCAAAUUUUCCAGAAGAGAAACUGGUGAAAAAGAUGUGCAGUUCAAGGUUUUGUACUGUGGCAUUUGCCACUCUGAUCUUCACCAAAUGAAGAAUGAAUGGGGCAACACUGUCUAUCCACUUGUGCCCGGGCACGAGAUUGUUGGUGUGGUGACUGAGAUUGGCAGCAAGGUCGAGAAAUUUAAGGUUGGUGACAAGGUUGGGGUUGGGUGUCUGGUAGGAUCGUGUCGCAAAUGCGAACAAUGUGAGAGCGAUCAGGAAAAUUAUUGCCCUCAACUCGUACUUACGUACAAUGCUGCCGGAACCGUAACAUUCGGAGGCUACUCUGACAUCAUGGUUGCCAAUGAGCACUUCGUGGUCCGUUGGCCGGAAAAUUUGCCGUUGGAGGCUGCUCCUCUCCUCUGCGCCGGGAUCACGACGUAUAGCCCGAUGAAAUACUUCGGACUUGACAAGCCUGGAUUGCACAUUGGCGUUGUGGGUCUUGGUGGGCUUGGCCAUAUGGCUUUGAAGUACGCUAAGACUUUUGGAUGUCAUGUCACAGUGAUAAGCACCUCAGCUAGUAAGAAGCAAGAGGCCAUUGAGAAAUUUGGUGUUGACUCGUUCUUGAUUAGCCGUGAUGCUGAACAGAUGCAGGGUGCAGCAGGCACAUUGGAUGGAAUAAUUGACACAGUUUCUGCAGUGCAUCCUAUUCUGCCGCUGCUAAGCUUAUUGAAGACUAAUGGAAAACUUGUCAUGGUUGGUGCACCAGAAAAGCCACUUGAACUCCCAAUUUUCCCCUUGCUUAUGGGUAGGAAGCUAGUGGCAGGGAGUCUGAUAGGAGGGAUAAAAGAGACGCAAGAGAUGCUUGAUUUCUCGGCGAAGCACAACGUAGUACCCGAGGUUGAGGUUGUUCCAGUGGACUAUGCGAACACAGCAAUGGAGCGCCUUGCCAAAGCGGAUGUGAAAUACAGAUUUGUUUUGGAUAUUGGGAACACAUUGAAAGCUGCGCUGCUUAAGGAGUGA